UGUUUACAACAGAUACCUGAUUCAUACUCGGCAGAUGGAUGUUGUUCCUGUGGUCACGUGUUCACAGAGAAAAAGCUGAUUGGUGGAAAGAGAUUUUCGGGUAAGUGUAAUAUGCAUCUUUCCACCGAAGGGAAGGUGAUUAGUGCGAAUAUGGUACAUAUCUAACUCGAUGCACCUACCCUGAUGGGGAUAGCUGUUUCCGCAUUUACCAAAUCAGUUAGAAAAAAAUGGAGAAGUACGUUUCUCCUUCCCGGGCAACAGCCGGCAACUGAAUCUUUUGAUAAAAACCGUUCUAAUUUCGCCCUCACAGAGCCAAAUCGUAGGUUCAGUUAACCUCACCCCCAGGGAAGUUAAAAAGGACCAAAUUGCUCUUUUAACCAUGAAGUAGCUUUUUAAUGCUCUUGUAGUCUUGUCCAGAGAAGUGUCUGGGGCAACAUUAGCUGUGAAAUCUUUAUCUGUUUUUUGGUUUAUUUUCUUAGCAGCCACACCUUACCACGUCAUACCUUGUAACUUCCGUUUAUUAUUUUACAGUAGUAUAUAUUCUGUAAGUUCGUGGUUUUUCCUAAUAAACCUGAUGACGACUGGCAUUGGCCAGUCGAAAUAUUGUAUACCUCAGCCUUUUCACGUUGUUUGAUCAGUCUUUGCAGUAGUCUUGUUGACUUUAAUUCUAUUGUUAGAUGAAAAUCUUUAUUUCAAAAUUAUCAUCGGCUACAAAAACGGAAAAAUAUGAAGUAAACAUCGAAGAGUUUACUCACUACCGGAAUCGGGUAUUUAGUGUUCAAAUACUUUAAUGGAAAAAUCCGUUUCCCGUGUGAAGAAAUUUUUAAAGAUCGGCUUCAAAUUAGAUUUCAAAAUCUAAUUUGAAGCCAAUCAGAACAGUACUAUAUCAAACGCAUUGUUUCUGAGUCAAUGUACAUUUAAACUGACAAAAAAUGCAUCACGCCUUCUUCUCGCGACAGACAUAGAGAGAUUAUAGGGAAAAGGUAUGAUCUCAGGCUAGCUUGAUAUUUUGUAGUACAGCUAAAAAUUAACGUCUUCUUCCAAAACUGUCGCGAAACGAGUAAUCAGUGACUCAGUAAUUCUAAUUUUUUUGGCAAGCUUUCAGUUUCUGGAUAGUAUCAGUUGAAGUUUACCGUAGUAGUACUUUUUCACAGAAUACCGGGCAGAGCUUUACUCUCGUUUGGAAACCAAGAGACAGAAAGUUUUACUUAAGGGAAACACGUCCGUCAACAAUGAAGUCCAAGGAAAAUGCAGUUUUGAGGUGACGUAAUGAUUUGUUUAUUGUGGAUGGGGCUGUGUCAGAAACAGGGACUUAUGGACAAACCCAACUAUGUAUUUGGCAUAAUGAAAACAUCGGUCGCUAAAAAGUUUUUGUCUUGUCUAGAAUUACUUAAUACGUGAGAUUAUAUGUUUUUAAGUUGUCUUUCCCCACGGAAAAAAAACGAGGGAAAGGAUUGUAACUUGGAAUUAAGGCUAAUUUUCAAAGUUUAAGUUGUGGUAUAAUGUUUAAGACAAAUCGCUGAAAAGGGUAUUACUAACCUUCUACGUAUUUUAAUAGAACUAAAACUAGGACUGAUUUGUGUUGUUUAGUGACAUGUUUAAUUCUCCCUUUUUAGAGGGGCGGGGGUAGGCCACUCAAGCAUAUAAGCUAUCGUCCCCUGAUUUUCAAGCGGUUCAGGUGAUGAAAGAUUUUAACCGAGAAAAUAGAAGAGGGUAUUAAUUUUGUUAAACGAAGUCAAACAGCAGUCGAGUGAGACGACGUUGCUAAAGGAAAAGAUAAUUGUAGACUUGUGCUAAUAUCCUCCAACGGUUUUGCAACGGUACUUCGAAAGGGAUCGUCUGUCAAGAUUUUGUUGGUCUUGUAUCGCAUAACUUGUUUGUUAUUUAUUAUCUAUUAUCCCACAGCGUCCCGGAAGUUUAAAGUUUCAACUACCAAGAAUACCGAACACGGAAAGCAUCGUCAAAAGAAGCCCCGGGCAAAGAUCGAAAGAGGCCGCUGAGGGAAGAUCCAAACCAGUCACCCGAAGAUCACCCAACCCGCAACCGCAGGCUAUAAAACCCCAGCUAGCUCAAGCUAAAGUCUUACAAAGUCUUCUUCGCAGAUUUCCCAGCGCUCUGGCUGAAAUAAACAAACGUCUUAUCUCACAGAAUCUGUUAUGGUUCACUAUUAACGAUCGCACGAACACUCAGCGACUGGAAAUUCCUAAACCAAAUGUUUGGAGACAGUUUUCGGAAACUAUUUAA